AUGCCUUCGCAACCCAACAACCUGCAUCCCACCAAUGACCCCUCACUUAAGGACUCCUCUGAUGACCAGGCUGAAACAAUUCCAGCACCUGCAGACCAUCAAAGAACUGCCAAACACAAUACCAACUCCUCUGACAAUUCUGAUAGCAAUGACAGUGAACCAAACAAACCUCUGCUUGAUCUUAAUGACAUCAACAAAAUGAAUAUCAACACCCUCCAGAACAUCAUCACACAAUCCACCCUGCACAAAUGCGCCAAGACCUCCUCAUAUAAGCUACCCUCCAAGCACUGUGGUUUCCUCCAUGAAGUGACCCAACUCAAUGAUGCACUAAAGGACACCCCCAAACUAACCAUGAAGAACUGGCACACCUGGAACCCUUGUUUCCAGGACAUAUUGGCCUUGUGGUCCCCAGCCCUUAAGCACCUCAACAGCACCACCAAAUUAGGUGAUAAAAAGUACUGCCAGAAACUGGGUGCAAAACUCCACACAAUCAUCCAGAGCAACACCAAGCUCAUCAGCCAGGAUAACAUAAACUACUUGUUCAUGUGA